AUGACAACCAAAAGAGAAUCACCUAAAUUACAAGGAUACCUCUUCAAAGAGGGAGGUAUUUAUAAAAGUUGGAAAAAGAGAUGGUUUAUAGUUGAAGGAGAAACAUUAAAAUAUUAUGUAAAUGAAUCAAAGGAUAAUUCAUUAUUAAAGGGUACUAUAUUAUUGUCGUCGAUUACAUCGGUCAAGCCAGUGACUACCAAUCCACACAAUGCCAAGAGUUCGUCCACAUCGGCACUUUCCUUUUCAUUGACUGGAUCCACAUCGAAUUUGCAACCGAGUCACGGUGCUAAUGGUCGUCCCCUGUCCUCGUCUAUCCACAAUAUUCCUAUUGACGCUGCUAGUAACAACCUACUUCAUCACUCGACUAGUGGUGCCGGAGGUAGUACGAGUAGUACCGGAAGUACAACCAGUGCAUCAACUACGACUACUUCAACCACUACAACAAACAACAACAACAACAACACAAAAGAUGGGGACAACCAUCUAAACAAUAUAUUACAUUCACUACAUAGUAGUAUCGAUCAUCAUGGCGAACAUCAUCAUUAUGGUUGGAUAUUUAUUAUAUCGACGGCACCUAGAACCUACACAUUGAGAGCAUCCAAUGAAGGAGAGAUGUAUUAUUGGAUUCAAGGGUUACGUAGUAUCCAGGUGGAUUCACAUAUCAUCUCGUUUACCAAUGCCCAAAAAGAGCGUAGUUCAAAAACACUCAACCGAAAUAGUUUGGAGCUCGAUCCACACUUUUGUUCACAGGCACACAUCAAGGAGCAAGUCACAGGACUCCACUACCAAAUCUGCGAAAUGAAACAACACCACUCUGAAAUGAAGAGUGAAUGUAAAAUAGCAAUCCAAGACUUUAAAAACCUACUUCACAUUGUUCAAGAACAAUUUAAACGUUACAAUGUAGAAGUUGAACAAUCAAAAAAGAAAUUAAUUCAUAUUAGUAAUACAAAUUUAGUUAAUUUAUUAAAUCAUCCAAAUCAUCAAAAUCAUCAAAAUCAUAAUAAUUAUAUAAAUCAUAAUAAUCAAAAUGAUCCAAACAAUAAUAAUAAUAAUAAUACUAAUAAUAAUAAUAAUAAUACUAAUCAUUCACAAAUUGGUAACCCUUCUACUAAUAAUAAUAAUAAUCAAAAUUUAAUAACACAACCACAAAACUAUGAAAUGUAUAAAAUCAAUAAUAAUAAUCAACAACAACAACAACAACAACAAGGUCAUGGAUAUCCAAUAGCACCAAAUGGAAUGGUAUUAUGGUAUCCUGAUAAUUCAACGACAACAUGUUUUGCAUGCAAACAAAUCUUUUCCUUUUUCAAGAGAAGACAUCAUUGUCGUAACUGUGGAAGGUUAUUUUGUUCACAAUGCUCUGAUCACCAAGCCAUUGCACAAGGUUACCAACACAAUGUCCGUGUUUGCGUUCAUUGUGCAAAGGAUAUUUGGACAAGUAGCGGUAUCAAAUCAACAAAAAUGACAACAAACUUUUUAACUUUUAAUUCAACAAAUCAAAGUCAACAAUAA